UUUUCCCCAUUAUCCGCUUACUCCCACAGCAACGAACGAGAGAUACAUACAGCGCCUCCCUCAAAAGAUCACGUUCUCAUCACAGCGUCGGCGGCGGCCUCCUCCACACUGCCACCGUCCAUCACGUUUGCAGCAGCCGGCGGCAGAUCUGAGGUCUUUAGCUCUGUAAUUUACCAUUCUCGUUGUAACUCAAUGAAGUUUCUGGACUGGUACGUGAAGAUUGGAGUCGUAUCAGCUGCAAUCGGAGGCUCAAUGGAGUAUUUUAUGAUCAAAACCGGCUUCUACGACAAAGUGACGGUUCUUGAAUCAGAAAAGAGAGCAUGGGAGAAUUCACCGGAAGCACAAGCCAUGCGAGAAGCCCUCAAUCCUUGGAGAAACACUGAUGCAAAUGCUAGAAAACCUUCUUAACAUUCCUCUGUUUGAGAUUUCCUCUUGUUUCUUAUUAUGUUCUAUAGAAUAUUGACUAUAACUUGUCGUCUUCAUAAACAAAAUGAAACUAAGAUGAACCUAUAUAUGUUGCAUUUACACAGCAUACAUGAGGUGCAUCAUGUGUUUUUUUUU